GUCAGUUCCAAGUUCCAGAGCAGAGACCUAUCCAGUUGUGGGUAGAUAACGCGUGCGGAAUUAUUUUAAAAAUAUCAAAGGUGUUGGAGGAGUCAAAAGUUGAGUCUCCUCCAAUAGCUCACAAUUUAGAAUACUUCUUGAGAAAACAUUCGCAAUAUAUAGAAUUUGUGCAACUCUUACCUGUGUGUGGUUCAUUCAUUCAACUUACAAACCAUCAUUGUUGCAAAGAUGUGCUUAGGAAACUUAUGCAACUUCAAUAAUUUAAUCAAUAGAAUUCUUGUUUGGUGGACGUUCAAUAAAUAAACGCCUAAUAAAAAAGCAGUAAAGCCAUACCAAAUAAAAAGAUUAAAGACAGCACUGAAAAAAUGGAGCCAACGGAAGUACAUUAUAAUGGCACAACAGAAAAAAUCGAUACAGACGAAAUCGAUACUAAUAAUUCAAUUUUCUAUUGGGCUGAACUAAUUCCGACGCUGAUUGUUUACGGAUUCAGCUUUAUACUUGGGUUAACAGGAAACGGUCUUAUCAUAUUUACAACGUUCCGAUACAGAAGAAUGCAUAGCGUCACUAAUAUAUUUUUAUCCAGUCUUGCAUCAUCUGAUUUGCUGUUGAUAAUUUUCUGCAUUCCAGUAAAGGUCGCGAAGUUAUUCUCCUACACCUGGACCAUGGGCCUAUUUUUAUGUAGAAGUAUUCACUACAUGCAGAAUUUGUCUACGAUUUGUUCUGUGCUCACCUUGACCGCCAUCAGCAUUGAAAGAUAUUACGCUAUAGUACAUCCAGUGAGAUCCAAAUAUAUUUGUACUCUCAGACAAGCUAAAUCCAUUAUUAUAGUUAUAUGGGUAAUUUCAAUUUUGUUAGCUGUUCCGACAUUGGUAUUAUGGCAUUUAGAAAGAGUAGGCCCGCACUACGAAGAAAAAUUUUAUUGGUGUUUGAGAAAUGCAUCAAAUGAAGCGCUUUGGAAGUUUCACGAGCUUUAUUUGCUUCUCUUGAUUCUAGUGAUACCUUUUAGUAUAAUGACUUACUCGUAUACGUUUAUUUGUUGGGAGGUGUGGAAAGUCAUGGAACAUAGAAGAGUUAUGUGCAACGAUCAAUUUUUAGAACAAAAACUCGCCAGCUGCUCUAGCUACAUAAAUCAACCUCGACAAGUCAGAACCAAGAAAAUUCGAUCUGAGGUUAAAAAUUGUCGUGAUGAUACAACAACUGUGAAGCAAGUGAUCUACAUGUUAGUUACAGUUGUUCUACUUUUUGCUGUAUGUUGGACGCCAAUUUUAAUUGACAAUAUUUUGACAGCCUAUAACGUACUAGACCAUCAAAGAACUGGAAUAUCUAAAUAUACGUUGAGUGCAUUCCAUUUGAUGUCGUACUUUAGCAGCUGCAUAAAUCCAAUAAUCUAUGGAUUUAUGUCCAAAACAUUUCGCGAGAGUUUUAAAGUAGCACUUUGCUGCUCGAAAGAGAAAGCAUUCAUACAUCGUACUGGUAGCAGCUACAGCGUUAAAUAUAUUUCGAGGAGUUCACAAACCAGAACCACAGCUGAUAUAAGACUAAGGCAAGAAUCAUCUGUGUUUAUAACCUAAAUUUCAAUAAAUUUAAUGUGCUUAUUACGCUUAUAUUACGCUUUUAGCAGAAAAAUUAGUAAUAAGUGAAAAUUAUUGGUGUCAUUAUAGUAGGUACCUACCUGUUUCUUCUAGUCAUUUUUAUUUUAUUUUUUUUGUUAUAUAUUAAUUAGGCAUUAACGAUGAACUUCUGACAUUUGGACUGAUUUGUUUUAAAAAUCAAGUUUUGAAGGCUGGCAUUAUAUUUAAAACAAAUAAAAUAUAUGUUUCUAUAUUUAGAGAUAAGGUAAUUGUAAAGCUAAUCAGGAAUACCUAUAAUAAAC